ACUAAAAAAUGAUGACCGAUAAAAUCCAAUAAAUAAAAGUUUAUUGGUGACUAAUAACAAUGACUAAUACAUUGUCCCAGUAAUUAAACACAGUCCAUUCCAUCGUCAUACGAAAUUAUGAAUAUCACUCGAUUCGGAGCUUUAUCUACCGACACCAGCGCAAUCUUUCACAAGGAUUUUACAUCGAAUGUUUAUCGAUAGUAAGCGGUCGAUUAAAAUCGCCCUCCUCGAUAGCCAGAUAGCUAUUUAUCCACACCGACACCCCGCGAGUGGACUACUGUCUGACCGGUCAUCGCCGUAGUCUGGUACGCGCGCACGUACAAUGCGUUCCCGCUCUCGCCGACCUUGAAAACGAGAAUGAAAUAGUGCUGGUGACCUAUUAGUGAAUCCGAAGUGAUCUAUAUAGUGCGUCGCGACCGAAGACUCGGUCCUCACGUGGAGACACUCCACGUGGCCCGUUUCUCGUGUGCACUUUGUGUUAUGUCAUUGAGUAGAAAAGAAAAAUGGGAAAUGAAUUAUCAAAAAUCUUUAAAAAAUCACAACCCAAAACCAAAGAGAAAAUACCCAAGCCAGUGGACGAGUACGAGGAUAUCGAGCUGAUGUUGCUGAAGAAAGCUAUCGAACAGGAACCCGAAAGUUUCAUCCUAAACAAUCUCAUGAUGUGUAUCCAGUUCUUCGAGAAUUACGAAGAAGACAUAAGUCAGAUUAAAGAAACUCUUAAAAGAGGAUCGAAGCUGAGCGAUGAAGCUGAACUAAAUAAGGUAAUGCCUCCUCAAAAAAGCAUUUUGUUACCACAUGUUCUUCAAAAUUGUAUUGCACGCAACAUCGAUUUCACUUCGAAGAGACAGACUGGUGAUCUUAUUAUCGAACCCCUACAACCGGUUCGCAUUUAUAUCGCGCAUGACAAUAUCGAAAUCACCGAGCAGGAUUAUCUGUCGGAGUAUAGUAGCCUGAAUAAUGAGGUCACGUACAAUAUGAUGGUGCAAGAGAGUGACAAUCCGGGAUACGUGCGAUUGCGGCGUCUUGACGAAACGCCGUACAGGAAGAACCUCGACAAGAAAGAUAUCGGAUCUUCAUCAAUAGCGGACGACGAGGAAAUAUACGAGGACGGCGAGAGCAUCUACGAUUUGAAUCGCAAUCCCAACACGACGCCAUCUCACCAGAUCAAAAGAAACAGUCGCCAGAGUUCCGCGAUUCUCAGUAUUAGAUCUUUGCCCAAUCUGCACGACGAUCAAGUGUCCCUCUCGCAUGAGAACAUUUAUAUCGGGAAAGCCCGAUCUAAUUAUAGCGUAAAGAUCGAGUCUGAUCGAAACAAUGACCACACGUCUUUGGGGGUCCAACCCGGCUCGGUGAAAUCGGCGAGGCAGAAAGGUCGCGGGCCGCCGAGCAUCACGAGUUCCGGCUACGACAGCGACUGCGGUUAUCCGACGGUGACCGCCACUCGCAAUCGCGAGAAAACGAGCGUGCACGCGCCGACGAAAAUUUACUCGAACGCGAUGAUUCCGUCGGAGUGCUUCAAGAAGGUGAGGAUCAACAACGAGGGCAAGAUUUAUUCAAUGCGGGAGGAGAGAUGGCAGGCGCAGAACAGCAAGCAGCACCGUCUCAUGAUGGCCGCUCGGCAGUACGACUGCGAAGUCUUCUACACCAGCAGCGAGACAUUCAUGAACUACUUUGUCGAUCUCUUCGUGGACCAGCUGGCGGAGCCGCUGGGCUUCAAGCCCGAAGAUCUGAAUCACGUGCAGGACUCGAUCAUCCAUUGCGACAAGGUGAUCAACACGCAUAUUCCGAGCCAGUACAGGAUCGACUCGUACGAGGUCACGCCGACGAUAUGGCUGCAGUGGCCGAAGUACGCCGAAGAGUGGCUGGACCGAGCGAGAAGCACCUGGCCUCACGACGACGACAUCGGCAGAGUGAGAGCAGGAGGCUGCUUCGUGGUCCCCGAAAAUUCCCUGUCAAAAAAGAUGAACGCCCCGCCGCGAGGUUCGAGGCAGCCAGGCGUCAGGAAGAGCAUCGAUCAGAAAAUCGAGUGGCAGCUGGCGUUCCCGGCGGCAGAGCGAUAUCUGGAGACCUGCAUGACGCGCUCGCAGAUGCAGGUGUACCUCAUCGCGCUGAUGCUUCACAAGAUGUUUCUCAGGCCGGUUCUGGACACUAUGUACGGCCUGACGACCGCUCACAUCCGGCACAAGAUGUUCUGGCUAAUCGAGAAGUACGAUACAAACUGGAAGUGGCCCGACAAUCGCACCGGCCAGCGGUUGAUUCAUUUAUUGAACACUCUGUACCACUGCAUCAGCCAGAACGAGCCGAUUCUGCCGGACUACUUCGUCCGCAGCAAGAACAUGUUUCAAAAGGUGCCGCGCGACUACCUGCUGUACAGCCAGAAGCAGCUGAAGAGGAUAAUCGAAAAUCCAGUCAUGUACGUGUUCUACGCGCUGGAGAACAUUCAGUACAGUGAGCAGUUCUUCCCGAAGCUGAACUUCUCGGAGCUGUUCAAGAUACUGACGGUGAGACCGUGCUUGCCCCUGGUGAAUCCGGCUUUAGAUCCGUACAUGCUGCGAACGACCGAGCAACCCUACAGAGACGAGAUUUACGACAGCGCCAACGGCGGAAUCUGCGACAGGAAUCGCAAGAAGAAUUCACGGUACACGUACGGCGUGAACAAAACGCUAAUCACUCCGCGCAAGGCUACGGAUUCUAUCGUGGAGAUCUCGGAACGUUGCGCGGAGCUGAAGGGUCCAAGGCUGGCCGCGCUAUUGGACUUCUUUGUCAACCAUUUUAUCAAAAUGGCCGAGUGCUGCCACAGGUAUCGAGCUUACGAGCAGAAGAAGGUGUAUCUUGACCAGGCGGAUCGGCUCUCGACUAUCCUGUCGGAUUAUUCCAGGCACAAGGAGGACGCCAAGGCUUAUCACAACAAGAUAAACGCUCUGAGGAUGAAAGCGACGAUCUCGACGAGAUUACCGGAUAUGCGAAGAAUGGAGAACGAACCGCCGGAAACACCCAAGAGGAAUUUGGAGCCUAUAUUCGUCGGCCCUCUGAGGGAUCGUUUCACACGGCACGUCAAUGAAACUUUGACAACAAACGAACAACAGAUGUCGGAGGAACAGCUACAAUCCGAAAAUCUUGCGAGUAAUAAAGUCACAAAAGCGGCCACUCACGAAAUACGAUUUAAAGAAGAGAAAAAUGCACAAGCGACAACUGAAACAAAAGACGACGAAGAUCCUUAUUCUUCGGAGAAUUCUAGGCCAAAAGAUCAAAGUGAGAAAGCGGCUUUGAGUAGAGUACAGACAGUAGUCUUCCUAAAUGACAAUUUAAAUGAAACGACAUAUAUGUGAUAUAUGUUAAAAAUUAGGAUGUAGAUGAU